AUGAGUCGACGGCAGCAUGGCGGCAGCGGGAGCAGCGCAGGCGGUGGAGCAGCAGCAGCAGCAGCAGACGAUGCGAUCGAGAAGCAGAAUGAGAAUGCUCUUGGAACACUUCACUCCAAGCUCCUGACACUGAAGAAUGUUACGAUUGCGAUCAAGGAUGAGGUUAAUGAUCAGAACAGGGCUCUGGAUCAAAUGCAAACUGGAAUGGGCUCGACAGAUAACCUUUUAUCUUCCACUUUGAAUCGGAUGGGGGUCAUGUUUGACAGCAAUGGAAGCAAAUCAACGUUUGGUCUAGCAUGUUUGAUAGUAGUGGUGUUCUUUACGAUGUAUUAUGUAUCUCGUUGGCUUCUUUAUGACAAGUGA